ACUGAUCGCUGCAGCGAGGCGAGAGCGCACGGCGCAGUGAGAGAAGAGAAAAGAGGCAGAGCUGCCGUUGUUAACAUGAUGCGGGCGCAGAAGAGCGCACACCUCCAAGAGCAGCAGCAGCAGCAGCAGAACCCGGGAUCAACUUCAACUUUUGUUUUGACAUAAGCGGAUGUGUGCUUCGACUGAAGGAGACGAGAGCCUCGCGCGUAAAACGCGCAGCGCGCUUCAUGGAGAUGUGUAGAUGACAGGAGGUUUGCUCUCCGCAUCUACAGGGUUUUCCAGUGUGGAACAUGGCGAGAGGGAGGAUGAGAGGAGCUCAUCUCCUGGCUGUACUCUUUUCUUUGUCGACGGCACUUUUCAGGGACGCGAAUGGACAAGGAACCUUUAAUGGCUUCAGUUUGAGUCCUCCGUAUUUUAACCUCGCAGUGGGCUCCAGGAUCUCUGCCACAGCAACCUGCGGACAGGAUGAGGCUGGGACACCGAGAUAUGAUUUGUACUGUAAGCUCGUCGGAGGACCAAACAUCGGACUUCCUACUCAAAACAUACAGGGUCAGUUCUGCGACCACUGCUACUCCAUUGACCCAAACAAAGCCCACCCGGUGACCAACGCCAUUGACGGCACAGAGCGGUGGUGGCAGAGCCCUCCUCUCUCCAGAGGGCCGAUAUACAGUGAAGUGAAUGUUACCCUGGACCUGGGGCAGCUCUUCCAUGUGGCCUACGUCCUCAUCAAGUUUGCUAAUUCACCCCGUCCUGACCUGUGGGUGCUGGAGCGCUCUGUGGACAAUGGCAGGACCUUCACCCCCUGGCAAUAUUUUGCACAUUCCAAGCACGAGUGUUUUGAAAAGUUCGGAAAGCAUCUCAAUGGUCGUAUUUCAAGCGACGAUGACCAGAUCUGCACCACAGAGUACUCACGCAUUUUGCCUUUGGAGAAUGGAGAGAUUGUGGUGUCUCUGGUCAACGGUCGACCGGGGUCCAAAAACUUCACCUACUCACCAGUGCUGCGAGAUUUCACAAAGGCCACCAACAUCCGCCUACGCUUCCUCCGUACCAGCACCUUGCUGGGCCACCUCAUCUCCAAGGCCCAGCGAGACCCCACUGUAACGCGCAGGUACUAUUACAGUAUCAAAGACAUCAGCAUAGGUGGACGCUGCGUGUGUCAUGGGCAUGCACAGGUGUGCGGAGGGGGGCGUAACCCAGACAACCCAAACAGACGCCAGUGCGAGUGCCUGCACAACACCUGCGGGGAGUCAUGUGACCGCUGCUGCCCGGGUUUUAACCAGAAGCCGUGGCGUGCCGCAACUGUCAGCAGUCCGAAUGAGUGCCAGCCCUGCCAGUGUUUCUCCCAUGCCUUUGACUGUUAUUAUGACCCAGAGGUGGAAAAGAGGGGAGCAAGUUUAGACACCUUCGGCAGGUACGACGGAGGAGGAGUGUGCAUCGGUUGCCAGCACAACACCGCUGGAGUGAACUGUGAGCAAUGCAUUGAAGGCUUCUACAGACCUUAUGGAGUACCUGCGGAGUCUCCCAGUGGAUGCAUACCCUGCAGGUGCGAUGAGCGGACGACAGCCGGCUGUGAAAUGGGGUCUGGAAGGUGUAUCUGCAAACCAGAGUUUGCUGGCGAAAACUGUGACCGCUGUGCUGAUGGAUAUUAUUACUACCCUCAAUGCAUUCGAUAUCCCUUAUAUACAACAACCACUGAAUCCUCUGCAGGACCCAUUGUGGUGCCCUCCGUCUGCCCACCAGGUUAUUUUGGCUCACCCGUCUGCCAGUAUUGUGUAUGUGACUACAGAGGGACGGUGUCUCGGGUGUGUGACACGUCUGGAAACUGCUUGUGCCGCCGGGGUGUGGAGGGGGAGCGAUGCGAUCGCUGUCAGCCCGGAUACCACUCUUUCCCAAACUGCGACGCGUGUCGUUGUGAUGGGGCUGGUGUGGCCGACAGUUUCUGCAGUCCAGGUGGUCAGUGUGUCUGCCUGCCCAACUAUGGUGGACGGGAGUGUGAUGAAUGCGCACCAGGCUACUAUGGCUACCCGGACUGUGCCGCUUGCAGAUGUUCACCUGAAGGCUCGCACGGAAGCAUAUGCAACCCUUUGUCGGGUCAGUGUUUGUGUCUGGCGGGUGUGGUGGGUCAGCUGUGCGACCGCUGUGCCUCUGGACAGAGGUUCCCCCAGUGUGCAGCCUCCAUUAGUCAGUGUAAUGUUGCAGGAACUGAGGUUGCCAGUCCUUACACGGGAUCGUGUCAGUGUCUUCCGAAUGUGGAGGGAACCCUGUGCAGCAGGUGUAAGCCUCUUUACUGGAAUCUGGCGCCAGACAAUCCUCGUGGCUGUACAGAGUGCCAGUGUGAUUUUAAAGGGACGCUGAGUGGCGUUGGAGAGUGCGAACAGAAAAGUGGACGGUGUCUCUGUAAGCCUAACGCGUGUGGACUCUCGUGUGACUCGUGCAAGGAUGGACACUUCCUGCUGCAGAAAAAGAAUUAUUUCGGCUGUCAGGGUUGUCAGUGUGAUGUCGGCGGUGCCGUCGACGUGGCGUGUGAUGAGAACACAGGACAGUGUCGAUGUCUCAAGAAUAUAGUUGGCCGUACAUGCACUGAGCCAGCACCAAACUACUACUUUCCUACUUUGCAUCAAUUGAAGUUUGAGGUUGAGGAUGGCACCACGCCAAACUCCAGACCUGUACGCUUCGGUUAUAACCCUCAAGAGUUUCCAGAUUUCAGCUGGCGAGGUUAUGCUGUCAUGUCGCCCGCUCAGAGUGAAGUCAGAGUAACAGUGCAUGUUGACCCAAAAGAGGGGCAGCCCUUAUUCCGUGUGGUUCUGAGAUUCAUUAACCCUGGCAGCACAAGUGUGACCGGUAGCAUCAAGGCUACCAAUAACACUGCAGGGUCGGAGCAGAGUAUGGAAGUAAUAUUCCCUGAGAGUCGCUCCCCAUCCUUCCUCACCGUCCCAGGAGAGGGCUUUGCUGAGCCGUUUGCUUUAACUCCUGGGAAAUGGAUAAUUCACAUAAAGGCAGAGGGCGUACUGCUGGACUAUUUAGUGCUGCUGCCCAGGGAUUAUUAUGAGGCACCUCUGCUGCAGGCGAAGGUCACCCAGCCCUGCACUUAUCUACCCACUGCAAACAGGAGCACAAACUGUCUAUUGUAUAAGCAUGUGGCCAUGGAUGGUUUUAGCUCCGCACUGGGCUCACAGGGAAGACUCUCCAGCCGCAGCGGGCGCAGGAGGAGGCAGGCGCGAGUGCGGCGUCCCACCCCAGAUCACCCCGAGAUGGCUGCUCUCAAUGGCAGACAGUCUCAGCUUCAGCUCAGUUUGCGUGUGCCUCACUCUGGUCCUUAUGCCCUUGUCCUGGAGUAUGCCAGUGAGGUGGACGCUGUCCAGAAUGUCAACAUACUAACUAGUGGACAGCAAGAUGGCCAGAUAGCAGCCAGGGCUAAUAUUUACAGUUGUGCCUACAGUUUUUUGUGCCGGAGCGUGGCAGUGGACAGCAGCAAUCGCGUGGCAGUGUUACAGCUCACACACAGGACUGAGCUUCUCCUGCAGAUUUCCACCACGUCUUUCCUGCUGUACAAAGUGUACGCUGUGCCCAUCGAAGAGUUCUCCAUCGUUUACGUGGAGCCCGAGGUGCUUUGCGUCUCCACUCAUGGCCUCUUCACAGAAGACAGUCGUCAUUGCGUCCUAACGCAGUUUGAUAAACCAACAUCAGCCUGGACUUUGUCCGCUGCCCACGACGGACUAUUAUCCUCCACACCGGUCGUUGCUCCUCAGCAGGAAGACGACGAGGAAUCAAGAUGGAGACGACAGUCUGGUGUUUCUCCCGUUCAUGAGCCACACAGAGUUGGUAUACUUCUCAAAUCCCCUCAGUCAGAGAUCAGUUUCACUCCCAGGCUGCCCCUUCCGGGCAGGUAUGUCGUUGUGGUCCAUUAUCACCAGCCUGAGCACACGACCUUCCCCGUGGAGGUCAGAGUGGAUGCAGGGCGCGAGUGGAAGGGUUCAAUAAAUGCAUCUUUCUGCCCUGCAGUCUCAGGCUGCAGGGAGGUUGUCAUCGCUGAUGGACGCAUUGCCCUUGACUUGGACCAUGAUUCUUGGCGGCUGCCUGUCAUCUCUGUCAUCGUGCCUCCUAUGAAGACCCUCACGCUGGAUUAUAUCUUGUUGGUCCCUGAUAACAGUUACACCCCGGAGCUCCUGAAAGAGAAGCCGCUGGAUAAUUCUGCAGAUUUCAUACAGCGAUGCAGAGGAGAAGGAUUCUAUAUUGACCAGAGAACGUCUUCCCAGUUCUGCAGGGACUCGGCCCGCUCUCUUGUAGCUGCCUAUAAUGAGGGAGCUCUGUACUGUAACUGCGAUAAGUCCGGCUCGACGGGGUCCACUUGUGAUCCCACUGGAGGACAGUGUCCCUGCAGGCAGCACAUCAUCGGUCCACAGUGCACCAGGUGUGCCACUGGAUACUAUGGCUUCCCCUAUUGCAGACCGUGUGAGUGCGGCCGGCGGCUGUGUGACGAGGUGACGGGACGCUGUAUCUGUCCUCCUCAGACGGUCAGACCGGCCUGCGAUGUCUGCCAGAAUCAGACGUUCAAUUACCAUCCUUUGCUGGGCUGCGAGGACUGCGAGUGUUCGCCAAAUGGUAUCAAAGUCAGCGCAGGGCCAGAGUGUGAACGCGUCACUGGACAGUGCAAUUGCAAGCCGAGGAUUGCUGGCCGUAAGUGUGACCGCUGUGCUGCAGGCUACUAUCGCUUUCCUGACUGCAUACCUUGUAACUGUAAUCAAGGUGGCGUCACACCUGCUGUGUGCCACCCAGACACAGGGAGGUGUCUCUGCAAGAGACAUGUAGCCGGUGUCAGGUGUGCUACGUGUCGGGAUGGUUCCUUCUAUUUUGACCUUUCCAACCCUCAUGGCUGCACCAGCUGCUUCUGCUUCGGAGCCACUGGCCGGUGUCAGAGCUCCAGCAAACGCAGGGGGAAGUUUGUUGACAUGCGAGGCUGGCGUUUGGAAAGACCCGACCAAGACGAGGUUCCCUCUGUGCUGAACACAGCCAGUAACACAGUGGUGGCAGACAUUCAGGAGCUUCCUCCUGCAGUUCAAACUCUACACUGGGUGGCUCCACAGACCUACCUGGGAGACAGAGUCACAUCUUAUGGUGGUUUCCUGACAUACCAGUCCAAAUCCUUUGGGAUUCCUAGUGAGGGCAUGACUCUGAUGGACAGACGACCUGAUGUCAUGCUGACAGGUCAGAACAUGACCCUGAUCCACCUGGCAGCACAAGUCCCGCUUCCAGACAGGCUGUAUCAGGGCAGAGUGCAUUUGGUGGAGGGAAAUUGGCGCCAUGCUCUGACCAACAGACCCGUGUCUCGGGAGGAACUCAUGAUGGUGCUAGCUGGUCUGGUGGGCCUGAGGAUCCGAGGCUUGUACUUCACUCAGAGCCAGCGGCUAAGUCUGGGGGAGGUUGGCUUGGAGGAGGCAACUAACACUGGGACUGGGAGUCCUGGAAACACUGUAGAGUAUUGUUCCUGCCCUCCUGAGUACACUGGAGAUUCCUGUGAGAAAUGUGCCCCUGGUUUCUACAGAGAUGGCAGUGGGCCUUACCUGGGCCGCUGUGUGCCCUGCGAGUGCAAUGGUCUGGCAGACGAAUGUGAAGAUGGGACAGGACGGUGCCUAAACUGUCAGUACAACACAGCUGGGGACCGGUGUGAACACUGCAAAGAAGGUUACUAUGGAGACGCUACUCACAGGACAUGCAAAGUGUGUCCAUGCCCGUUCAGCGUGCCCACAAACAGUUUUGCAGUAGGUUGCAGAGAAGUGUUUGGAGACAUGCAGUGUAUAUGCAGACGAGGAUACACUGGAGAUAAAUGUGAGAGAUGUGCAUCCGGUUACUAUGGCGAUCCACUGACACCAGGAGGAAGUUGUCAACCCUGUAAUUGCAACGGCAACUGUGAUCCCCAAACUGGAGUGUGCAAGAGCACCCUGGAGCCAGGAGACACCAACACAGAUGAGCACUGCAAAGAGUGUGACAGCUGUGCGCAGACGUUACUGCAGGAUCUGGAGAAGUUGGACGACGAGCUGGGAAGGAUCAAAGCUCUGCUGGACAAUGCCACUGCCAGUGCCUCUUCUCAGGACAGACUGAAGAAGCUGGAGAAGGCCAUUUCAGACACCAAGACUCUUGUCAACAAAUACAGCUCUGCCAUCAACACAGAAAGACCCAGAGUUAAGCAACUGGAGGUGGACACGAGCAGUCUCGUGGACGACAUCAGCGCCCUCGAAGAAAAGGCAGAUAAAAGGGCUGCUGAAGCCAACAAAGCAGUGGCAGAAGUUGCAAAAUCACACAAGAGGGCCAAGGAUCUGGAAGCAGAAAUUAGAAACCUGCUCAAAAAGAUCCAAGCUCUACUUGACCAACUGAACACCGGCGAUGAGACGGUGCCCAAUGAAAGCCUGUCUAAACUGUUAGACGAGGCUCAGCGCAUGGUGAAGGAGAUGGAGAACAGGAACUUCAUCCCCCAGAAGACAGCGGCUGAGAAGGAAAGGAAUGAAGCCGAGAAAUUGCUUGACUACAUCAAGGCUAAUGUCACGAAGCAAAGUGAGCAGAACGAGGCUGUUGCAGACAAACUGCGGGGCCUUUUGAAAGGUUACGAGGCCAAGCUGAAAGACCUGGACAAGGCUCUGAAGGAGGCAAACGACUUGGUCAAGAAAGCCAAUGCGGAGAAUGGACUCAGUGCGACGGCAAUGGAAGAGCUGCAGAAACGUAUUGGAAACCUAAAAAAGGAGAGGAAGACGGUUGAGGACCAAAUGGCCAUGGCAGAGGACGAGCUCCAGAAAACGGAGGAUUUGGUGAAAUCGCUCACCGACAGUAAAAGGGAGUACGAACAACUGGCAGCACAGCUGGAUGGUGCCAAGACUGAUUUGACCAAGAAGGUGAAUGAGAUUUCCAAAGCAGCAGCCAAGGAGGAUGUGGUGAAGGCCGCAGAGGAUCAUGCAAAUAACCUUAAGAAGCUGGCAAAGGAUCUUGAGGAUUCAGUGAAAGACGCAAGUGGGCGCUCGGAGGUGCGUGACGCCAAAGAUGCUAUCGAUGCUUACAAGAACAUCACAGAUGCCAUUAACGCUGCCGAGAAAGCAGCUGAUGAGGCCAAGAAUGCAGCAGAUGACGCCUUCAAUAAUGUGAAGAACCAGAAUCUCACAGACAGAGCACAACACCUCAGACAGACUGGUGAUGAACUCCUGGACAAUGCACAGGAGGCAAAGAAAAGCCUCCAAGAUGCGACUGACAACCUCACGGACCUGAAGGUGCGCCUGAAGAACGCUGACGAGAAGAAGAAAACUCUUGAAAAAGACCUGCUCGAUGCACAGGACCAAUUAAAUGACAUCAAGAACGAUGACAUCAAUAAUAUGAUUGAUGAGGCCAAAAGGAAGGCAGCUGCGGCCAACGAUACAGCCAGUGACACUACGAAAAAACUGAAUGCCAUCAAAAAGGAAAUUGACAAGAUUAGUGUCACCCCUGUGGACUCCAACCUGGGCAAUAUUUUGGACAAUGUGGACAAGAAAGUGAAGGACUUGCUGAAGGAAAUCCCAUCACUGAAUGAUAAGAUCGCAGAGAUGGAGAACCUGACCUCAAACCCCUCAUCCAUUAGCAACAUAUCUGAGAACAUCAAGAAGAUCAAAGACCUAAUUGAACAAGCGCGGGAUGCAGCUAACAGGAUUUCAGUCCCAAUGAUGUUCGGCGGCAACGGCUUCGUGGAACUGCGUGCACCGAAGAAUCUGGAGGAUUUAAAGGCCUACACAGCGCUGUCACUGUCAGUGCAGAGACCUGAAGGCAGAGGAGAUGGAAGACGCAGGCGCAGGCAGUCCAGAGAGAAAGAAGACUUCUUUGUGUUGUACCUCGGCAACAAAAAUUCUUCAAAGAACUACGUGGGUUUGGCUCUGAGGGACAAUAUGCUGCACGGGGUGUACAAGCUCAAUGGAGUCGAGUACGACAUGAAAACGGGUUACAUCACCAAGUCUGUAUCUGAGCCGGCCAAGUUUGACAAAGUGGAUCUACACAGAAUUUACCAGGACGCAGAGAUCAUCCUCACCAAAGACAUCACCUCAACCACUGUCAGUGAGCCCAUUCGGAGCAACAACAAAGGAGAGGAGAGCAUGAACCUGUUUGACCUCAGCCCCAGUGAUAUUGUUUUCUACGUUGGAGGUUACCCAGACAGCUUCACUCCACCAGCUUCUCUGAACUACCCCGGGUACAAAGGCUGCAUUGAGUUCUUCUCCGUUAACGACAAGGUCGUCAGUCUCUACAAUUUCCUAGAGAUAAAAAAUAUUGAUAAGACGGCUGCAUGUAAGAGGUAUGUGGCGCCAAUGGAUUCUUACUACUUUGAAGGCACUGGAUUUGGCAAAGUGGUCAUCGAUAAAGCAGUCAGUACCCUCCUCAUAAGCAUGUCCGUCUACGCUCGUUCAGAAAAUGGUCUGCUCUUAUACAUGGGAAACGAGAACAAAUACUUCGUAGUUACAAUGGAGAAAGGCGUUAUUCAUAUAGAUAGUAAUUUGAUCCAAACACCAGUGAAGAGCAGCGUGAAAACAUUCCCGCACAACGACUGGGUCAACUUCCUCAUCAUUAUCACAAACAAGGGACAGUUUACAGUCCGCAUUGGCACCUCGCUAGCGGCCAAAGCCGAAGCUCAGUUCAACAAUGACGAAUUUAAAGAAUUUUACAUCGGUGGUGCCCCACAAGACAUGAGAGAAAUGCACAACAUCACCACACAACCAUUCAAAGGAUGUUUGAAGAACCUGCAGCUAAAUAAAGACUAUAAACCUAUUGACGAGCAAGUGGGUAUCAGCAAAGGCUGUCCCAAGGAUUCCCUGAUCUCUCGUAAAGCAGAGUUCAGCAUGGGCAGCAGCCUGUCAGCUGACCUCACUGGCUUUAGCCUGGCUAACGACGUGACUGUCUCCCUGGGAUUCAAGAGCACAGAGAAUCAGGGUCUCCUUUUACAGGACAAACAGCAGGCUAAUUUGAUUAACAUUGCACUGGAGAAUGGACAUGUGAUCCUCAAUUUGAACAACAAGAUAUGGAAAUCUAACAAACAAUACAAUGAUGGCCAGUGGCAUUACUUAACUGCAACCAGAAGAGCAGGAAGGACUCAUUUGGUUAUUGAUGAUGAAGAUAAGGGCCAGGAGCAGAGCGGAGCUACAUCUGUACCAGACACGGCUGGCACCUUGUUCCUGGGAAAGAGUCGAUUCAAAGGCUGCAUUUCCAACCUCUACACAGGACGGCAGAAGAAUCUUUACAAGGCCGAGGAUUUAGGCUCUUUCCAGGCGUCUGGAGACGUCCUGCUUGAUGUGUGUACUCCUGCGAGGCCCGCUCAACUGAUGAUCGACCGCUUUUCUAAGAAGGAUGGUGUGAUGCAGUCAACAAACGAAAGUGUAUCAGCGUGUGCUCUGCCAGCCUUGGUUCAGCAUGCUUAUCGCAUCGGAGGCCCUGUCAGCAGCCUGAGCUACAAUCUUCCACUGCAGAUUCUGCUGCCCAGACCUCACUUCUCCCUGGAUGUAAAGACACGAUCUCCUGAAGGUCUGCUGUUCUUCGCUGCUACCAAAGGAGGGCGCACUCACCUUGCUCUAUACAUGUCCAAGGGCAGGAUCAGACUGUCCACAGGCAAACAGAAAGAGAUCUUCAACCGGGAGAAGUACAACGAUGGAAAGUGGCAUUCGGUCAUAUUCAGUUUGGAGAAGAAGAAAUUCAGAUUGGUUGUAGAUGGGAUCAGAGCUCAGGACGGUCAGCUGACACAUAAUGAGUGGACAGCCAUGCAGCAGUUCAUGUCCCCGGUGUUUCUGGGCAGUGUCCCAGAAUCCCUUUAUAAGCAGUUAAAGUCAAAGGCCCUUCCAAAACAAAGUGUGUCUGGCUGCAUCCGCAACUUUAAAAUGAACGGAGCACUGAUGUCAAGUCCGGCCACAAACCUUGGUGCCGGCCCCUGCUUUGAUGGACAGACACAGAGAGGGGCUUAUUUCUCAGGGAAUGGAGCUCAUGUUAUUAUCAAUGACUCCUUUGUCAUGGGCUCCACCUUUGAACUGCUGUUCAAUAUCCGCCCGAGGAGUCCAAAUGGACUCUUGCUCCAUGUUGGUGACACCAGCGCGGUGCAAUAUGGACCCACAGUGGGCCGCUACCUCAGCAUCUACAUGCUCAAAGGAGAGGUGGUGGCACAAGUAAACAACGGAAAUGGGAAUUUCAUGGUGUCUGUGAAGCCAAAAGCUUCUUUAUGUGAUGGCAUGUUUCAUAAAAUCUCAGUUAUCAAGAGGAAAAAUGUUGUGCAGCUACACGUCGACACAGUGGACAAUUACAAGAUUGGGCCACCAUUCUCCUCUGUGCCUUCGACCAAAGACAUCCUGUAUGUGGGUGGCAUUCCUGAUAUAUCACUGCCCCCGACACUGCCGAUCACAUCGUCCUACGUUGGAUGCAUCCAAGACAUGAGGAUCAAUGACGAAUUUGUGUCUUUCGAGAAGCUGUCGUCUGCUUUUGGUCCAGUGAACCUCAAAGAGUGUCCAGGUUGAAACACGAGCGCCUCGCUGCGUUAUCAUUAAAUGAACCUUGGGACCACAUCCACCACCAACCAUGUGCAAUCCUGUUAACAAGACAGAGAAUGUGUUUGUAUGUAAGACGCGUGUCCGUCAGUGAAUGUGAGUGUGUGAGUGUGUGUGUACAAUACAGAGCUCUAUGAGCAGCAGAUUUCUAAUAACUACUGCUCUGUUAAACAUUUCUGUAUUUAUUUUUUGAUACAGUUGUCACAUGAAAACACAGCUACAAAGAUGGUGGAAAACAUGUUAAAGCAAGCAAGUUAUGUAAUGUAAAAUGACCUAUAUUUAACUUAAUUUUGAUGGAGCUUUAUUUAACUGAGUGCUAUCAACUGAAGUAAAAAUGUUUGUCAACCAUUUUAUUUUCCACUAUCACCUGUUUUACAGCCUGGUGUGUUGGUCCAUCAAUUCUCUGUUGACAAUCAAGUACUUCUCAAUAUGAUUAUUAUGGUUGGUUGGAACUGCAGUGUGAGCAACCCAGCACUUUAAAAAACAACAACAAAUGAUGCAUUGUGUGAUGGUGCUUUUUUAAGUUGAUACGAUUUUGUGUUCUUCUCUCUUUUUUAUAUUACAUUUUCCCAGUAGAGUCCGACAUUUAAAUUGGUUUAAUAGAAAUGCUGUUUCUUUGACCUCACAUGUUUGUAUCAUAUUGUAUUACUGUUUUCCAUUUUGCAUUCCUUUUGCAUGCAUGCGGAUGUUCUUUGUGGCUGUCUCACGCUAAGCAAAGAGCAAGUACUGAAUUCUUUAGGAGAAUUGUCUUUUCUUUAAUUUACAAUUCAGUUAGACAAUUCACAAUUCGAAACAGUAAUGUUUGGGACCAUUUAUCCCAUAUUACUAUAAAGCAGACAGUGUGUUUUAUGUGUGUAAAUUCUCCAGUGCAAGUGUUUACCUACCUGCUUUGUACAUUUUCACCAAAAUGUGGAAUAUGAGAAAAACAUAUGCCUGAGGUUUGGACAUAGUGUACAUGCAUUCCUGUGUUUUGACCACUGAUUUUGUAAUCUCUCCGAUUAUGCUAUAGUUUUUUGUGUAAAACACCAAGUACCCUUGGUGACAGAAACACAACUUGAUUUUUUGAUAAAACGGGGAUUAAUUGUUGAAUUGUACUCAGCAACAUGUGUAUACUUUUUGGUUGUAAAUUGUCAGAUUAUAUAAAUAUAAAUUACAAUUUUAAA